CUCAGCUGCAGCAGCGCGACGAGCUGCACGCCGAGCGGUGCAGGCGACGCGAGUUGGAGGCUGGCAGGCAGCUCACAGCACCGCUGCAAGCCAUUUUCCGAGCGCUGUGGUCGCGAUCGCUGGGUAGCCCACAAAAAUGGCAGAGGCUGCAGAGGCUGCUCCAGAGACGGACCAUCCGGCGCCCGGCGAACCGCUCAUCGAUGACGCCGUCGCGAAAAGCGCUGCGCGAAAGCUCGUCAGCGGUGCCAUUAACGCAGCCAAAGCGUCAGCGCUGGCAGACGACACGCUGGUUGCGUCGCUGCGCAUCUGCACAUUGGACGGCGUCGCCACUACUGAUGACGACACCGACGUGCUGCUUUCAAAACUCGCAGCGCUCAGCGUGAGCGCAGCGCUUUACGUGACAGUUGAUGGCGAAGAGACCAAAAUCGACAGUGAGGAGGCGCUCUUCGCCGCGUUGCGUGCGGCCGCGAGCGCACGCGCGAUUGCGUUUCGCACAGAAACGCGGCCCGCGAAGCGACAGCGAGAUGAUAGCGAUGAUGAAGCCGCCGAUGCGACGAAGCGCCGACGGCAUUUCCUGAACGUAUCGAGCUCAGGAAUAGUGGUGGCGUCGCCGGGCGUCUUCGAGGCCGCGGCCGCGGGCGAGAGCGUCGCGGUCAAAGUCUUCGACGAGUCCUCGGACGUGCACGUGGGGACGACGUGCGGCCACUGCAAGGCGAGUCCGAUCCGCGGCGUGCGCUACACGCGUCCCGCGCCGGGCGGCGCCGACCUGGACCUCUGUGAGCCGUGCCUGCUCGCGUACCGGACCGGGCCGGCGCGGGGCGAGCGGCGGCUGCCGUUCAAGAGGGUGCCGCAUCCGGUGCGGGAGGUGGCCCUGUGAUCGUGCUCGUCCCUCCCGCCGCGCCGCCGUCGAGGAGACG